AUGGAAGAGUUCGGCUUCAAGCUUAGCAUGGAACACUCGAUUGAGUCUUUUCUGGGAAUUAAGUUUGAAGAAUUGACAGGCGGUGCUUUCAAUAUGACACAGCCUGCCCUCAUCCAGAAAAUCAUCACCACCACAGGCAUGCAAGGUUGCAACGGCAGUCCCACACCAGCAGCUCCCAACCAACCUCUGGGAAAAGAUCCCGACGGAGAACCAAUGGACGAAGAAUGGUCCUAUCCCUCUGUGAUUGGAAUGUUGUUGUAUCUGAGCACCAAUACCAGACCUGACAUUUGCUACGCUGUCAGUCAGGUUGCAAGGUUCACACAUUCUCCCAAGCAGAGUCAUGCCAGUGCUGUCAAGAGGAUUGUCAGGUAUCUAUCAAAAACAAGUGGACAAGGCACCAUCAUGAGACCCGAUGGCACAUUGAGCAUCAGUUCCAUGAGUGACAGUGACUUUGCUGGCCUGUACAAUGUUGACCCUGUUGAUGAUGUUUCCAGUGCCAAGUCACGCAUGGGGUACAUCAUUUCACUUGGUGGAUGCCCUCUUGUGUGGAAAAGCAAGGUGUUGUCAUCAGUGUGUUUGGCUACAGCCGAGGCAGAGUAUUACUGUCUGUCCCACUGCCUCCGAGUCCUGCUGCCCAUUCGAGAAGUCCUCAAGGAGAUUGUUGAGCACCUAGGAGCUUCAGUGGAGGUUCAAUCGGCAAUGUCUUCGAAGGUCUUUGGUGACAAUGCUGCAGCCAUGAUUUUGGGAAGGACCCACCGUCUGACAGCCCGUACCCGCUACUACCAUACAGCCGCCCAUCAUUUCUGGCAACAUGUGGACAGCGGGGACAUUGUGCUGGAGGACAUCGAGUCAGCCAAGAUGGAUGCUGACUAUUUCACGAAAGGAAUGCCGCGUGAAGGCUUUGAAGCCAACCGCAGAUGUGUCCAAGGUUGGUAA